AUGUCCUCAAAAGAUAUAGAUGUGAUAUUGGAAGGUAUAAUAUCCUCUUUGGAUGAAACAAGAGGGCUCGUGGAUGGGUUGUCUAUAAAAAAUAAAGAGAGUCCAUUCUCCUCGCUAGUGGAAGACCUAUUACAAAAAUUGAAUCAAGAAAAGUUAGAAGGAGUUUCUUUACUCGCAUUGAAAAAUAAUUCACUCUUAUCAUAUAUUAACAAUUUAGUCUUGAUAGUGUUGGGACAUUUAAAAAGAGUAAAUGGUUCUUGUAAUGAUGAAGUUUUAGAGGAUGCUGUGAAAGGCUCAAUUGUACAAAGAGUAACUUUGGAGAAAGGAAUAAAGCCACUUGAGAAAAAAUUAAAUUAUCAGUUAGAUAAGAUGAUCAGAUCAUAUCAUCGAAUGGAGGCUGAGAACAAGAAACAGGAGGAAGAAUUAGAUGGAAAGAUGCGCUCUAGAUCGAGCGAAGGAGGAAAUUCAAGUUCUGCUAAUAGCAGUGACGUUUCUAGUGGUGAAGAAGAAGAAGACGAACUAUCAUUAAAACCAGAUUCUUCUGCGCUCGCUAAGUUGACGAAAGAAGAGAAGUCUAAUCCAAUAACAGGAAAGGAGAAAUAUAGACCGCCAAAGAUAUCUGCUGUUGCCCCUCCUACUCAGCAGUUUGAUACAAAGAGACAGCACUCAGGAAGGAAACUUCAGAGUAUGGAGGAAUAUUUGAGGGAUUCUUCUGAUUUGCCUCAAGUAGAAACUUCGAUCGGCUCCACAAUUGUGGAUAGUGGACGUGGUGGUGUAAAAACUAAUGCAGAACGUGAAAAGGAAAAAGAGAUACAAAGCUACGAAGAAAACAACUUUGUAAGAUUGCCUCAAACUCAAAUGAAAAAAUCUUUCAAGGACAGAGAGAGAGAAAAGGUGAACAAUUUUGCUGGUGAAGACUGGUCCAUGUUCAACAAUAACAGGAAAAUCAGUGAUGACACUUCUAGAAAGAGAAAAUCCAAGUCUGCUUGGGACAGAGCGAAAAGAAAACACACGUAA